GCAAGGGCUGGAAGCUCCCUUAGCCUGGUUGCCCUUAUUUAAUUUCGAGUGUGAUUUUGCUAUUUUUAGCAGCUGGAUCCCCUCCAAUCCGCAUUUGCGAGCAGCAGCCGCCGCCGCCGGGAAGGGGGGGUGGGGGGGGGUUUAAUUCUCUUCACAACACAGACACGCCAGGACAAAAAAAAUAACCCCCAAAAGCACCAAACCGCCCCCAAAAAGCCCACCCCGAGCAGCCGGCUCCGGGAUCAAGCUGACUGACCAUGAGCGAAUCCAGCGCCAAGUCCAGCCAGCCCCUGGCUUCCAAGGGGGACAAGGACGUGUCGGAGAAGAGAGGCCGGGGUCGGCCCAGGAAGAAGCCGCAGCAGGAGCCCAGUGAGGCCCCGACCCCCAAGAGACCCCGAGGACGGCCGAAGGGCAGUAAGAACAAGGCGACCCCCAAAGGCAGGAAAGCUGCAGUCACACCAGGGACAAAACCUCGAGGACGACCCAAAAAGUCGCAGCAGGACGAAGAGGAGGUGAACAUCUCCCAGGAGUCAUCCGAGGAGGAGCAGUGAAGCCUCCGGAACCGGCGCUACCUCAUUGCCUGAUGGAUGGUCCCGUGUCCCCGGGACAGGGAUGGGGAGAAACCCACGGCGAGGCCCUGGCUUUGUCCUCCUCCCUCCUCCACUCCCUCCUCACCCUCAGACAACAGCAGCACUGGAAAAUGGCCCCCCCAGCCCCCUGCCUGGGGUGGGAGGGCAGCACCUGCCCCAGUUCCCCUCUCUCCCCAGUGCUGGGUUAUGGGGCAGCACCGGCAAAGGGGGUGAUUGGCAGAGAGCUGGGGCUGGGACCCCCUUGCCUCUGCUGCCCCCCCUCAAUGCAGUGAUCUCACCCAUCCAAAGCGGGCGCUGGGGACCCUGCAGGGAAGAGACGAGGGGGUCAGCGAAGGUGAGACCCCCACAUGGAUCAGACCUUAGCCCCAGCCUGCUGCUACCCCAGGCAAACCUCCCCUUGUGCCCCCCUCCCCAGGUCCUGGGCCCCGCAGCGCUGCCGGGGCUCAGUGCCCUUCCCCGGGGGUCCCAAGUGGGGCCAGCUCAGGGCAGCCCCUUCCCCAUCGGUUCUGCUAUAAACAGAGAAUUGUUUUUUAGUGCUUGUUUUGGGGUUGUUUUCCUUUCAUUCACAACUACCUCUGGAUAUUUAAGUUCCUCUCUGCACUCACGCUCGUGCUGCUGCUGUGCCGGCUGCCAGGGCAUCGCUGGCUCCGUGGUUCCUCUCUCGGGGGUGUCGCUGGGGGUGUUUCUGGUUUAGGUUUUUCCCUUUCCCUUUGGUUUUUUGGGCUGUUUUUUGGUUGUUUUCAUUAAUUGCUCAUUUUCCAGCCGAGGUUUUUGUCCUGCUGCUCCCCAGGCCAGCGGCUGCGGCGAGAUGGGGACUGUGGGAUGCUCCCCCUCUGUACUGCUCCCUGCACAGCGGCUGCAGCGGCCCUGGUGGGGGACAACCGGGGUUUGGUUGGUUUGGUCUUUUCCUUUUGGGUUCACUGUUAACGACCUUUUGGGUUCCUCUUUGCAGUUACUUGAAUAAAACAUUUUAUGGACGUUUGA